AUGUCUCUGCUCACCAAUUAUGAGGGGCUUCGGCAUCAGAUCGAGAGGCUGGUGAGGGAAAAUGAGGAACUGAAGAAGCUGGUGAGGCUCAUUCGGGAGAAUCACGAGCUUAAGUCAGCAAUCAAGACACAGGCGGCUGGCCUGGGCAUCAGCGGGUUCACCAGCGGGCAUGGUGAGACGACAGCUGGCCCUUCUCAACUCCAGGGUAACUAUAAGAGGCCCAAAUUCAAGGAGGGUGUCUUCCUGACCCCACCCCUGGCUGCAGCAAAUGAACCUGUCCUGGAAGAAGUGGGGGUUAUGGCUCUGGCAUCCCUGGCGGACAUGCUAAACGGCCCACAGCCCAACCCCUCCACAGGCCCCAUCAUGAGCCCCAUGACAGGCCCUUUCAACACACUGCUGGCCUCCCCAGGGCCCAUAACACAGAACAGCGCACUUGCCAGCCUCCUGGCUGCCCCCAUGAACAGCCACCUAGCCAGCCCCAUGGCAAUGCCCGCAGCGGGCACACUAGUCAGCUCUCUGGGCCUGCCCUCAACUGGACCCCUGACUCCAAGCAGCCAGCUGCCUGGCUCCAUGCCGGUCUCCAUGGGCCUUCCUUCCACCGGCCCCCUGACUCUAAGCAACCCCUUGGCAGGCCCCCCACCCCUGUCUCUGAGCAGCCCCCUGCUCACCUCCACAGCUGCCCCUCCAGGUGUUUCUCAGAACCUUCUGGCCAACCCCACGGGUAACGUGGUGCUGUCUGAGGCCCCAAGGGUGCGGCUGUCAGAGCCACUCUACGAACACCCCUCCGGACCCCGUCCUUCCGCUGGUGUGGGGCCCGCUGCCACCUCCAAAGUCCCACUCUCCACCGAGCAUCCCCUGCUGAUCCGGGACCCCGAGCCCCUCAGUGUGACGUUCGUGGGUGAGCCCAUCCAGACCUCCACCCCUGUCAGCACCGUGGGCAAGCCCGACUCCACGACAGCCUUCUCCUACGGCACCGCAGGUGCCCGAACUCAGCUGGGCACUUCCCAGGGACAAGCAGCUCCUGUCCCUGUCCCCACUGCCCCAACUGCUUCCCCUGCCGUCUCAGUCCUCUCUUCUGCCCCUGCUCCUGUCCCCCAAGCUGCCACCAACUACAGCCCCGAAAGGACCACACACUCCCCCAACCGACCCUCCCCAACCCCCCACUCCCCUCCACGCAACCCCCACUCCCCACCCCGAACCUCAUCCUCCCCGGCUUCUGUCAACAACACCCGGGGCCCACGUGUCCCCGAAGCGUCUCGGAAAAGCGCCCUGGACUUGGAGCGGAAGCUGGCCCACCGCAAGACCACCAAGUACCCUGAAAUCCCCCGAGAGUCAAAGCAGCUGGCCUGGGAGAGGUUGGUGGGAGAGAUCGCCUUCCAGCUGGACCGAAGGAUCCUCUCCAGCAUCUUUCCUGAGCGGGUGCGCCUCUAUGGCUUCACUGUCUCAAACAUUCCCGAGAAGAUCAUCCAGGCCUCUCUGAACCCCAGUAACCACAAGCUGGAUGAGGAGCUGUGCCAGACGCUCACACAGCGCUACGUGAGCAUCAUGAACCGGCUUCACAGCCUGGGCUACAACGGGCGGGUGCACCCGGCGCUGACGGAGCAGCUGGUGAAUGACUUCGGCAUCCUGCGUGAGCGGCCUGAGCUGGCUGUGUCUGAGGGCGGCUCCUUCACCGUCGACUUCCUGCAGCGAGUGCUGGUGGAGACCGUGCACCCCAGCAUGCUUAGCGACGCGCUGCUGCUGCUCUCCUGCCUCAACCAGUUGGCACACGACGAUGGCAAGCCCAUGUUCAUCUGGUGACUUACGUCUGCCCUGCCAGCCUCGCCUCGCUCUGCCCCACUCCCCGGGGCACGGACAUUAAAGCUUCCCACAUAUGCUGGCUGCUGGGCCC